CUUCAACGUACUAUUCCCCCAGCUGCAACCUGACCGUAUCCUCUCUUCCUUUCUCACCUUUCUCAUCCUUAUAAUAUCCUCAAAAACCUAUCUGCAUAUUAUGAGCAGCCCUUCUCCCUCAAUAGCCCAAAUCACCCUUCGCCAAGUCUACGAUAGAGGAUAGCUUCCUUGCUUUCGUAUUAAUGGAGAUAUGUCGAAGCUCCAGUGAAGUUGGUACCUGCAGACCUAAAGGUCUCAUGUCAAAGACGCUUCAACGUUGCCGCUCGCUUAGGCGGCGGUCCGGCCGGGACAAGGCCACGCCGGUGGGUUGGGUUUCGGUUCGAGUCGGAUCUGAGAAAGAAAAGUUCCUGGUUCGACCGGAGUGGAUGAACCACCGCCUUUUUCGACGGCUUCUCGAUGAGGCCGAGGAGGAGUAUGGAUACAUGACGAAAGGCUCACUUGAGCUUCCCUGUAGCGUUGAGGUAUUCAACUUGGUGCUUUGGGAAAUGGACCAGGAUGAGGCCGAUAGCGCCGCCUCAACAUCUCCGACGUUAUGUGGGUUCGCCGUCUCGCCUUUGAGGCGAACGAGAAGUGGAUAUCGCCUGCUUAGUCCGUCUCCGCUCGUCGCCGCAUGCCGGUUAUAGGUCAUCGUGCUGGCAUGUUAUAGAAUUACAUGAGUGGCUGCAUGCGUUUCAACAUACGUUGAUGUCG